CGUGUGCGUCUCGUGGUCCAAAAGGGCUCUGUCUCUCUCGCACCCACACGGCUCUAGGCGCGUCCUCAGAGUGCGAGGGAGACAAGGGCCCCACCGCGGCUGGAGCUUGUCGUGGUGACUUGGGGGUCCCUGGCGCGCGCUGGCGCGUCGUCCUGCCUGCAGGUACAUGAAGAGCUUGAGGGCGCUGCGGGAGCCCCAGCCCGGCCUCGAGGACACGCCGAAGCACGACAACCAGACCGGGCGGACCGGCAGCCGGGCCGGCAAAGAGGGCAAAGAAGAGAUUCCCCAGCUGCUGGUCGGCAUCAUCGAGACCCUGGCCAACUACCACUUCCCGCGCUUCCGCCUCAUGAAGAACGGCCUGAGCCUCAUCGGCGACCAGCUGAGGUACCUGGACGGGAUAGACAUCGCCCAGAUCAUGAUGAAGACGCGGCUCAGUUGCAAAGACUUGCUGGUCCGCUGUUACUGGAAGGGGAUUGCCUUCAAGUGCUGCGAGCAGUUUCAGCUUCAGCGCACCGAGAUGGGGUACUGCAUGUCCUUCAACUCCAGGACCUCGACCGGCCCCAAGAUUCUCUGUUCGGAGAAAAACUGCCACCACGUGUGGUCCACGGGGCCCGGUACCGGGCUCGUCAUGGUGUUCAACGACCUGACCAAAGUAAUGGAACAGCGGCCGCUGACGCGGGCCUAUACCAGGCGAAUGAAACAUCGCGUCCUUGCGGGACGGCUGUGGCGCAAGUCUACGCUAGACAACAACGCCAGGUCCGUGUGGGACAGUGAAGAAGUGUUCAUGGACAUCCGCUCAUGGCUGGAGAGAGACUACAUCCAGGUGAUGGUCCAUGACCGCACCAAGUUCCCCGCCGUGGAACAGGCCGUCGCCUUCUCGACCGAAGUCAAGACCGACUUCUCCAUGGCUGUCGCUUACUCGAUCACGGAAGCGGCGGACGACUUGAAGCAAUUGCCAUUCAAGGAUCGUAAUUGUCUAUUUUCCAACGAGGCGAAGCUAGAGACGGCACUACAGUACUCGCAGCCCGAGUGCAUCACUGAGUGCAGAAUGCAGCACGUCGUAGACCGCUGUGGCUGCCGGCCGUACUACAUGGAGAUCUACGGAGAGCGUUCGGCCUCUGUUCCUCAGUGCCGCUUCUCCCAGCUGCCCUGCUUGAGCUCGCUCAACAUGAUCGCCAUCAACUGCAGCCACUGCAUCACGACGUGCCGUGUCUCUCGGUUCACCUUCACGGUCAACCCCUCCAUCAGCGCCCACAUCAGCGACGCAAACAUCGGCACCAGCAUCGACAUCUCUUACGACUCGAACCGCGCCGCCGUCCUCUACAGGCACCAGCUGGCUCACUCCUUCAUCGACAUCUGGGUGACAAUUGGAAGUUUGGCGAGCCUUUUCCUAGGCUGUUCUAUUCUGAGCAUCCUUGAUAUUCUUCAUUUGGUGCUGCGAGUGGUUCGUGUAGCGCUUAGGUCCGAUUUCAAACCAGUUUUCAACACAAUAGACCACUGAGUGCACUUUCUGUUCACCAUAUGAGAUGAAAUCCAAAGGUUCUGGUCUCCAAGAUUCUCUGAUGCACCCCUUUGUACUUACAGCAGGGUUUACAAUGAGUAAAUAUAGUCAGGGAAUGUGAAAGGCUUAAA